UAAGCAAUGUGUUUGGUAUUUAUUCUAUACACUCACUAGUCUUCAUCAAUCACCAAAGGCUCUGUUAUCUUUUCUCGAAAAUGGCAGCAUUGAUGGUGAAGUUAAUGCUUCCUCUGUUUUUCCUGUUCAUAAUUCCUCCAAAAGCAGCAUACGCGGUGUUUGAGCAAUGGUGCGUUGCUGAUGCGCAGGCCCCUGAGAAAGAAUUGCGAGCAACCAUGAAUUGGGUAUGCAGAAAAGGAGGUGCAGAUUGCAGAAAGAUCCAAGUGAAGCAACCUUGCUAUCUUCCAAACACAUUGAAAGAUCAUGCUUCUUAUGUCUUCAAUAGCUACUAUCAGAAGUUCAAGCACAGAGGAGCUUCUUGCAACUUCAGAGGUGCUGCCAUGACAACAGAAAUGGAUCCUAGUCAUGGUUCUUGUCACUAUGACUUCAUUCGGUGAUCAUAAAUGAGACAGAAGACUUAAAAUAAAUGCAACAAUAAAUAAACUCCAACAUUUGUCUGGCUCACAAACUCCAAUUAAGCAUAUAUUGUGGACCUUUGUCUUUUAUUUAAUAAUAUUGAUGGA